AUGGAUGUUUCUGCAUACGAUAAUGCAGGGAACCUGAUAACUCCUGGUACAGGUGUUAAAAACACAUAUCUUGGCUUGGAAUCCAUUAUUCAAUCAUUGACCAUCAAAGCAGGGGGAGAAACUGUUGUCAACAUACCAAACUAUCCUCUUUAUCUAGUACAAACGUACCACAAUCUAUCUGCCGGUAGUAAGAAAUUGUUGAGCCAACUUUCCGGACAUGGAAACACCAAUAUCUUUGCAACAUCGAGUACCAUCUCCAUCAACCAUCACCCUUUUGUGGGUUUCUUUCAUCCAACAAAUGACCAGUUCUUCCCUGUUUGGGCACUUCCAAAUCAAGCACUCGAAAUCAUAAUCACGCUUGCGGAUCCUUCAACCAUCUUUACAUCGGCUGGAGUUGCAGAGAUAAGAGUAUCGAAUAUAAGGACUUUGAUUUCAUAUGUGACACCACCACCAAGCAGUGUCAUUAACUCCACACAUGCUAUAAGUGAUGGAAAGCCAAUAUUCUAUGAUUAUGUUAGAUCAACACAGACCGAGAACGCAUGUAGUGGUGGAAACCGGAAUACAUUCUUGCUUCAUAUGAGUGGUGUAAGGUCACUUCAAGGGAUCGAAAUGUCAUUUGUGGACGAUGAUGUUCUCAAUGACCAGACGAAAGAUAAGGCGCUAAUGUAUUCUUCACAAGGGCUUUGCGAGUGGCGAAUUCAACUGGGGGCAAAUCUUACCAUUCCAAGUGGAAUGCAAGGGUUCAGCCAUAGCCCAUCUGACAAUCAGACUUUGCUUGUUUCACAACUCAGUAACAAUAACUUUGACCAACUCGGGGAGAUGGAUAUGUCGUUCGCAGAUUAUGAUUCAAAAGCCUUUUCAUUUGGAUGGAGUUUUGCCAGCAAGGAUGAAGGCAGUCAGGCGGCAUUGAGUUUUACAGGGACAGACAGUUUAUUAAGAGUACAUAUGCAACAUGCUGUUGCGCCUACGCAAAAGGUGCGUAUGGUAAUGUGUUAUCAUGAAAAUGUAACACUUUCAAUCGGAGCAGUGAAAGCUGUUGCUUUUCAAAGAAGAGAAAAAGUGCUUAGAAAAAUGAAUCCGCCUGAAAUUGUGAUUUCAACUGUGGACGGUUUUGAUGUAUAUCCAGAAAGAGGACUUAUCAUGAACAUGAAGAGGGGUGGACUAAAUAAGACUGGCGAAUUCAUAGGAGCAAAAAGUCAAGGGUAUCUUCAUUUUGCAUUAAAUGGAAAAAACUAUCCACUUCACCGAUACAUCUAUGAAACCUAUCAUGGCAUAAAACUAAAACCAGAUGAGAUCAUCAACCACAUCAAUCUCAUCACUGAUGAUAAUCAGAUUGAUAACCUGGAAAUCGUCAAUCAUCAACAAAAUAGCCAGUGGAGAAAUAAAAAUAAGAAUAAUUCGAGCAGAUUCAAGGGUGUAAGUUGGGAUCCGAGUAGGAACAAAUGGAAAGCCAGAAUAGGAUACAACACAGAGUUAUGGCUUGGAUCCUUUAACACAAAGGAGCAAGCGGCUGUGGCUUACAAUCGAAAAGCACGUGAAUUGAAUGAGAAAGAAGGAUGCAAGUUCCUCUUAAACAAUGUUGAUGAGACAAUUGAGAUGCCACCAAUCCUGCCAGUUAAGGAAACUGUUGGUGUUUCUUGGGAUCAAAGCAGGAAUAAAUGGUCAGCAAGAAUUGGGUAUAAUAAAAAAGAUAUUCACUUGGGACGAUUUAAAGAGAAAAGAGAUGCGCUUCUUGCUUAUAAUGCGAAGGCACGCGAAUUGAAUGAAAAAGAGGGCUGUUCAUACAAACUCAAUAAUGUAGAGUGA